CUCUUGCUGUGGGACCGGAGGCGGCUAGGCGAAGUCAUCCGAGGAGCGGCGGCCAUGGAGGAGCGGAGAGGAGGCGGCGGCGGGGGCCGGGGCUCCGGCAAGGGGCCGGCGGCGGGGAAGAUGAUGUCGCUCAACGAGUUCGUCUCCUCCAUGGCGCCCCUCAUCGACCUGGAGAAGGCGGCGGAGAUAUCGGCGGAGUCGGAGGCGAGCUCCAAGAGGAAGGAGAGGCGAGGGUCUGUCAUGCCCAACCUCAAGUGCACCGACGCCCAGACGGGGCUGAUGGGGAAGACGCUCCUCGAGUUCCAGCCCAACAAGGGCGAUGUGCUUCCGCCUCACAAGUUUGGUACGCACGACGUGGUUGCCCUCAAGCCAAAUAAAGCAGAUGCUGGAUCCCCUGCUCUUGGGCAAGGUGUAGUUUAUCGCUUGAAGGAUUCUUCCAUUACUGUCGUUUUUGAUGAUAUUCCUGAAGAUGGAUUAAAUAGCCCUCUCCGUCUUGAGAAGCUUGCGAAUGAGGUUACUUACCGCAGGAUGAAGGAUGCAUUAAUUCAACUUAGCAAGGGCAUCCAAACAGGACCUUCUGCAAACCUCGUUCCUGUGUUAUUUGGAGAGAACUUGCCUAUGCGUUCCAAGGAUGCCGUGAAGUUCAGUCCAUUUAACAAGAAUUUGGACGACUCGCAGAAAGAUGCUAUCUCGAAGGCCCUCAGAUCAAGGGAUGCUUUUUUGCUUCAUGGACCUCCUGGAACUGGGAAGACAACAACCAUCAUUGAGAUAAUAUUGCAGGAGGUCAAGCGUGGAGCGAAAAUUCUUGCUUGUGCUGCUUCCAACAUUGCUGUCGAUAACAUUGUUGAGCGACUCUCACAGUACAGAACAAAAUUGGUGAGGUUAGGGCAUCCUGCCCGUUUACUACCGCAAGUGUUGGACAGUGCUCUUGAUGCACAGGUACUGCGAGCAGAUAAUAGCAGUUUGGCCGGAGACAUUCGCAAGGAAAUGAAGGUGCUUAAUAGCAAAUUGCUGAAAGCUAAAGAUAGAAACACGAAAAGGGACAUCAGGAAAGAGCUUAAAACCCUUGCCAAAGAGGAGCGAAAACGGCAGCAGCUUGCAGUCGCUGAUGUCAUAAAAAAUGCAGAUGUUGUGCUGUCAACUUUGACAGGUGCAUCUUCCAAAAAAAUAGCUGGCAUUACAUUUGAUCUGGUAAUUAUUGAUGAGGCUGCUCAGGCACUCGAGGUGGCCUGUUGGAUAGCCUUACUGAAGGGCCAAAGGUGCGUGCUUGCUGGAGACCAUCUUCAACUUCCUCCAACGAUCCAAAGUGUUGAGGCUGAGAAGAAGGGUAUGGGAAAGACACUCUUUGAACGCCUUACAGAAGGUUAUGGAGAGGAAAUCACAUGCAUGCUCACUAUCCAGUACAGGAUGCACGAGCUAAUUAUGAACUGGUCAUCAAAAGAACUUUACAAUAAUAAGAUCAAAGCGCACUCUAGUGUUGCUGGGCAUAUGCUCUAUGAUCUUGAAGGAGUGAAUAAAUCUUCUUCAACAGAACCAACUAUUAUACUUGUUGACACUACAGGGUGUGACAUGGAAGAAGUGAAAGAUGAAGAGGAGAGCACCAUGAAUGAGGGCGAGGCUGCAGUGUCCAUUGCUCAUGCCAAGUUGCUUGUUGAGAGUGGUGUCCGUGCAAUUGAUAUUGGCAUUAUUACUCCAUAUUCUGCACAGGUAACCUGCCUGAAAAUGCUGAGAAAUAAAGAUGCUAAAUUGAAGGACUUGGAAAUAUCAACGGUUGAUGGAUUUCAGGGUAGGGAGAAAGAGGCCAUAAUCAUAACAAUGGUCAGAUCCAACCCAAAGAAAGAGGUCGGGUUCUUGAGCGACCAUAGGCGGAUGAACGUCGCCGUAACACGAGCAAGGCGGCAGUGCUGCGUAGUGUGCGAUGCCGAGACCGUAAGCAGCGACAGAUUCCUGAAACGCUUGGUUGAGUACUUUGAGGAGAACGGCGAGUACCUGAGCGCGUCUGAGUACCAGAGCAGCUGACCGUCGUAGCAUGAUACGCUGCUCUUGUGCCCGCUGCGCGACCAUGGCAGAGAUACCGGAAACAAGCGACCGCCGACAACACAAGUGGACAGGUUUGGUGCAAAUCCCAACCGAUGCAUACAUUGCCACAGAAUACUUGCUACAGCUGAACAAGCAUCUGGUUAAAUUGUUCGCCGUGUUGUGUGGAGUAUAGCAGUUGUGGCCACUUUGUCUUGACUCCUGCUCUUGGUGUGAGUUUGUUGCUAUUAUUAUUUUUCGGAGACUACAAAGUACAGUACUUCAGUACUAUCGAUUUAUUAUGAGAUUGAUUCAAUUGUCA